AUGAUCCGUCCCCUUGAGAGCCAGAGGGCCGACAUUAAAGAGAAGAUCAGGACCAAGGAGAAGGUGGCGGUGAGCCGGCUCCACGACCUGCUGCGUAACCUGGAGCAGGAGAACUCCGUGAUGAGGAGGAGCAUCGAUGACCUGGAUGCUCUCUUCCAGAGCCACAGUGACAUUCACUUCCUGAAAGAAUGCCCUCAGGACUUGUUUCUCAAGAAGUACACAGGCCUGCCCUCGAGAGGCCCUGAUCCCAUGCAGUACUUGAAGAACGUGACCUUAGCUUUGGCCAAGAUGAGGAAUAAACUAAAGGUGUUUGUAAAAGACGAAGCCCCUCCUGUUUCACGAGCCGUGGCCGAAGUGGACGUCCUGCCUUCACAGCAGGCUGAGCCCAAGUCCAGGAGUGACUUCUUACAAUACUCAUGUGAACUGAGCUUCGACCCAAAGACAAAAACCAAAUUCCUGACUCUGUCCGAGGAUGACCGAAAGGUGAUGUCUGAGGGGAACAAAAAGGUCAAGUUUGUGGGUACCAGAGCGGUGAGGCCGAAGAAGAACCGAGCAGGAAAGCAAAGCCCGCUGGUCUGGGCGGUGGAGCAGUGUCUGAGUAAAGAGUCUCUGACUGGGAGGCAAUACUGGGAGGUCAGCUGGACCACGCGCUACGUCUCCAUCGCCAUGGGUUACAAGGACAGCUUGUGGAAUGACCAGGGCGCCGACGACAAGUCCUGGGCUCUGAUCGUCUGCCCCACCGCCGUUGAAUUCAAACACAACGACGUCAUCACCCUGCUCCCCGGCCCGCACCCCUCCAGGGUGGGGGUGUACCUGGACUACAGGGCGGGCACCCUGCGGUUCUACUGCUCCGAUACCAUGACCCUGCUGCACAAAGUGCAGACCAUCUUCACCCAGCCGCUGUUCGCUGGCGUCACACUGGACGCUCAGAGCGGGGCGACGGCAGAGUUCUGCUAUCCUCGCUUAGCUUAG